GUCACUGUCAGCCGCGCGGGAACUUGGAAUCGUGCCAGUUGCGGGUUGAUUUUAAAGUAAUUUACACGUAUAUUGAAACAAGAUGUUACGACAAAUAAGCAGAAAUAUUCAGCAAAAGGCGAGAUUCGCCACAGCUGUACCGGCACCUCAAACAAAGCCUGAGAUUCUUUACACCGGGCUGUUCAUCAACAAUGAAUGGGUGAAGUCAUCAGAUGGGAAGACUUUCAAGACUGAGAACCCUGCCACUGGCCAACCCAUCGCUGAUGUUCAGCAAGCCAGCAAGGCUGAUGUUGAUAUUGCUGUGAAAGCUGCCAAAGAUGCCUUUAAAUUGGGUUCCCCAUGGAGGAAAAUGGACGCUUCCCAGCGCGGCUACCUUCUAAACAAGCUGGCCAACUUGGUGGAAAGGGACAGGAACUACUUGGCUAGCCUGGAGACCCUGGACAAUGGCAAGCCUUACACCGCAGCUUACUACGGAGACGUGCAGAUGGUCAUCAACAACCUGCGUUACUACGCGGGAUGGGCAGACAAGAGCCAUGGACUGGUCCUACCUAUGGACGGAAACUACUUCGCUUAUACCCGCCAUGAGCCUGUUGGUGUGUGCGGUCAGAUAAUUCCAUGGAACUUCCCUCUGUUGAUGGCGUCGUGGAAGCUCGGCCCCGCCCUGGCGGCAGGCUGCACUGUGGUCAUGAAGCCCGCGGAACAGACUCCACUCACUGCACUCUACCUCGCACAACUUGUUAAGGCAAGGAAUAUAGAGGCAGGAUUCCCCGAGGGCGUGGUAAACAUGUUGCCUGGAUUCGGAGACGCGGGCGCAGCUCUCGUCGACCACCCUGAUAUCGACAAAAUUGCCUUCACUGGGUCGACGGAAGUCGGCAAGUUGAUCCAGCGUAACUCAGCGGGCACGGUGAAGCGCAUCACGCUGGAGCUGGGCGGCAAGUCCCCGAACAUAAUAUUCGCGGACACCGACCUCGAGCGCGCCGUCGAGGUCGCGCAUUUCGCGCUCUUCUUCAACAUGGGCCAGUGCUGCUGUGCUGGUUCCAGAACAUUCGUAGAGGACAAGAUUUACGACAAGUUCGUAGAGAUGUCAGCGGAGCGCGCCAAGCGACGUGUGGUCGGAGACCCCUUCAAACCUGACACUGAACAGGGACCUCAGAUCGAUGCAGAACAACAGAACCGUAUCCUGAGCUUAAUAGAGAGCGGUAAGAAGCAAGGCGCCAAGCUGGUCGCGGGCGGAGGCCGGGGCUCCGACACCGGGUACUUCGUCCAGCCUACCGUCUUCAGUGAUGUAAAAGACCACAUGGACAUCGCUACCACUGAGAUCUUCGGUCCAGUACAGCAGAUCCUGAAGUUCUCCCAGCUAGACGAGGUGGUUGAGCGUGCCAACAACUCGGACUAUGGUCUGGCCGCCGCGGUCUUCACACAGGAUAUCGACAAGGCCAACUAUGUUGUACAGAGACUCCGUGCAGGCACAGUGUGGGUGAACGACUACAAUGUACUUAGCAACCAAGUGCCGUUUGGCGGGUACAAGCAAUCCGGUAUCGGCCGCGAGAACGGCCCAUACGGCAUCAACAACUACACCGAAGUCAAGUCUGUCAUCACUAAACUCAAAGAAAAGUCCUCAUAAACGUAGAAUUGUGUUUGUAAGGGUCAAUAAUUUUUUUUUUUUGUCGCAUA